CCUUCUCCAAAUAUCAAACUACUUCUACACAGCUACUACGUAUCAGAAAUUCUCCUAACUUCAUCUCUAUUUUUCUUCUUAUUUCACACCUCCUCUUUCUGGGGUUUCUCAAGUUCUUCAGCUUUUCAUCAGCAGCAGAAGCAGCCGUUGUUUAUUCUAAUGGAAGAGAUUGAUGUCCCUCCGUUUUUUCUCUGCCCUAUUUCUCUCCAAAUCAUGAGAGACCCAGUUACUGUGCCAACUGGGAUAACUUAUGAUCGCGAGAGCAUAGAGAAAUGGCUAUUCUCAGGGAAGAAUGAUACAUGUCCAGUCACAAAACAAGUCAUCUCAGAUUGUGACCUAACACCAAACUUGACUCUUAUGCGGUUGAUACAAUCUUGGUGUACUCUCAAUGCUUCUCAUGGCAUAGAAAGAAUCCCAACUCCCAAACCUCCAAUCAGCAAAGCACAGAUAGCCAAGAUCAUUAAAGAUGCCACCAAGUCACCCCAGCAGCAGAUCGCUUGUCUAAGGAAGCUACGUUCCAUAGCUAAUGUGAAUGAUACAAACAAGAAAUGCAUGGAGGCUGCAGGUGCUGUAGAGUUCUUGGCUUCAAUCGUGAAUAGCUUUAACUCUUUAUCAUUCGAAGAAUCAACUUCGGAUGGUGAUGCGAUUGAGGUCACAAGACCAAGUGAUGAGGCCUUAAGCAUUCUCUACGGUCUUCAAUUAUCCAAAUCCGGGCUUAAGACUCUUAUAGGCAAUAAUGGGGAAAUCAUCCAGUCCUUAACGAACGUCCUGCAAAAUGGAAACUACGAAUCUCGAGCUUACGCAUCGUUAUUGUUGAAAUCAGUCUUCGAGGUUGCUGAUCCAAUGCAACUUAUCAAUUUAAGAACUCAACUCUUCGUCGAGAUAGUCCAAGUCUUACGCGACCAAAUCUCUCACCAAGCCUCCAAAGCUGCAUUGCAACUGUUUGUCAGUCUUUGUCCAUGGGGACGAAACAGAAUCAGAGCCGUCGAAGCUAAUGCAGUGUCUGUUCUGAUCGAUCUUCUUCUCGAUUCAACAGAGAAAAGGGCUUGUGAGAUGGCUCUAAUUGUGCUGGAUUUGCUAUGCCAAUGCGCAGAAGGCAGAGCUGAAUUUUUAAGGCACGGGGCUGGGCUUGCAGUUGUUUCAAAGAAGAUACUUAGAGUUUCUCAGGUGGCAAGUGAAAAAGCAGUGAGGAUUCUCUUAUCUGUUUCAAAGUUCUCAACAACUUCAAGUGUUCUUCAAGAGAUGUUACAGAUUGGUGUUGUGGCCAAGCUGUGUUUGGUUCUUCAAGUGGAUUGCGGAAGCAAGACCAAAGAAAAGGCUAAAGAGGUGCUUAAAUUGCAUGCUAGAGCUUGGAAAAAUUCUGCUUGCAUACCUGCAAAUCUGCUCUCUUUUUAUCCAGCUUGAGACAAAAGAGACUAAUUUAAUCAUAGCUUCCCUUUUGAUUGUAAUUGAGCUUAGUGCUUAGUGUACAUUAAUUAUCCAUGGAUUAUUGAUAUACUAUUGAAAAAAAAAAAAAGAGUCACAUAUACAAAUCUGGAUACAAAAGUGGUGUCCAGUAGCAUAUAUGUUUCAUGGCAAAUGCGAUUUUGUUCUAUUUUGAGGGAAUUAAUUAAUGAUUAUUAACAAGUUGAGAGAUCUUUACAAGUCAUCUCAAGCACUAAA